AUGCUGCGGGACUGGUGCGGCUGGAUGGGCGCGAACGCUCAGCGCUCCCUGCUCAUCCUGGGCAUCCCGGACGACUGCCAGGACCGGGAAUUCCGGGAGGCCGUGCACGCGGCCCUGUGGCCCCUGGGCAGGUACCGAGUGCUGGGCCAGGUCUUCAGAAAGGAGCUCGGGUCCAGGGUCGCCUUGGUCGAAUUUGCUGACUAUUUAAACCGAAGUCUGGUCCCGCGCCAAAUGCCAGGCAAGGGGGGCCCCUGGACUGUGGUCUUCCUGCCCCAGGCCCCCGAUGCCGAGUCACAGGAUGGACCCGAUUUCCCUGCACAGCCCCAGAGGCGAGCGGUGCCUGGCAGGGCAGGGGAGGCAGCAGCUGCAGGCGAGGCUGGAGCCCCAGGUGAGAAGGGGUUUGCGGGGGCAGCAGGAACUGCAGAUGUGGCCGGAGCCGCGGGUGAGGAAGCCGCAGGUACCGCAGUAGCUGCACGUGAGGCGAAAGCCGAGGAUGUGGCGGUAGCCUCAGGUGAGGAGGAAGCUGCAGCUGAGGAAGGAGACAAAGAUCUGGCAGGAUCUGCAGGUGAGGCGGGAACUCCAGAUGUGGAAGGAACCGCAGGCGAGGAAGCUGCAGGUGUGGCGGGAGAUGCGGGUGAGGCACACACAGCAGGUGAAGCGGAAGCUGAAAAUGUGGCAGAAACUCCAGGAGAGGAAGGAGGUGCAGGUGAGGCAGAAGCUCCAGAUGUGGAAGGAACUGCAGGCGAGGAAGUUGCAGGUGCGGCAGGAUCUGCAGGUGAGGCAGAGUCAGCAGGUGAGACGGAAGCUAAACAUGGGGCGGAAGCUCCAGGUGCAGAAAGAGCUGCAGGUGAAGCAGAAGCUUCAGAUGUGGAAGGAACUGCAGGUGAGGAAGUUGCAGCUACAGCGGGGACGGCAG